AUGGCAGCUUUUGCGAGUGAAGACAACGGUCAAGAAGGGGAUUUGGCUGCGCAUGACGGGGGUACCGAUCCGGAGAGUGACAAUGAUGAUGAGAGCAUCGGUGAUAACCAUGACCGAGAGGUGGAUCUGUGUCCCUUGCCAGAUCUCUUGCAGGGUCUUGAUUUUGGACAUCCAAGUCCUGCGCCAAACGCCUGCCAUCCGCCACAAGGGCAGCAACCAGGUGCAGUGCAACACGCAGCAGUUGACGCCUUCAGCAGGAUAGGUAAGCUAACAUCCAUUAAGAUGCCUUGGGAAUCCCCGGCCAUGAGUGCGAUUUUCACUGACCUCAGUGAGAUUCUUGAGCCCAGCCUCUCAGCGUACUGGACGGCUGAUGUGCAGACCGCCCGGUCCCAUGAGCGAGCGCCUGGGCCUGCCGAAGCCCGCGUCUUUGCCUUAGUCGAGCAACUGCAAGGUCCGGCUUUUGCCAAAGUAGUGAAGUCGCGACAAGACCUGACGCCUCAGGAAAAGCGACAGCGUGAUUGGAUAAAAGCCUUGAAUCUUUGGACGGAUGUUUGUGUCAGGUUCAGGAAUGAGUGUGAACCAGGUCUCGCAGCCAGCAGCGCUUCAGCCCCUGCCGCGUUCAGGUCGGCAGUUUUGGCCGAUGUUGAGGCGUGCCUGGGUGUCAAGUCGCCGCUCACUGUGUUAAAGCGUGCUAGCAGUUUCUCUGCGUGGCUACGAUGGAGGGAUACAGAGUUACCCGCCUGCAGCGAAAAGCUUUCUGAAGCCGAAGCGUGGCAGUAUGUCGCGCGCCUGAAGGCUGAUGGAGCUCCUCCUACAAAGGCUGAAGCAUUCCUAGGCUCCGUUAGGUUUGCCCACUUUGUCUUAGGGUUUAAGCUUGACCCGGUGGUGGACAGCAAGCGUGUGAGGGGAGCAGCGCAGCAAAUGUUUGCGGGAAAGGAGGCGCAGCAGCAAGCGCAGCCGCUGACAGUACUGCAAGUGCUGGCCUUGCAUGAUGGCCUGGCAGAUGGGUCCCGUCACGUAGUGGACAGGGCUCUCUGCGCGUACGUUCUCGUGGCCUUGUAUGGGAGGGCUAGACUCUCGGAUUUGGAACAAAUUUCACUCAUCAAGCACGAUCAUGACAUGCGCGGAGGCUUCCUCGAGAUUUUGACUAGGAAGCACAAGGGCGCCAAGUCAGCGCAAAAGAAAACCAAAUUUAUGCCCAUUCUUGUCCCGGCCAUUGGGGUUCAUGGCAAAGCGUGGUUGCAUUUGCUGGUUGACGUGUUCCGAAUGUUGGAUUUGCCGGCUGAUGGUGUCAUUGAGGGACCUCUCAUGAAAGCGCCGCGUGAUUGCAAAGGCAAGGAAUUCUCUUGCCGGGCAAUAGAGUCUAGUGAGAUCAGUGCCUUCCUUCGCGCGUUCCUGCAGCUGCCAAAGCCAGCAGCAGGAGAUAGGGGUGUGUCCAGCCAUUCAUUGAAAGCAACUUGCCUGAGCUGGGUUUGCACGUAUGGCGUGUCUGACCGAACCCAGACUGUGUUGGGCCGACAUUGCAAGUGUGCCGCCGCAUCGGAUGCAGCGUAUGCUAGGGAUUUGUGCGUAGGGCCAACGCGCGAACUGCAGAAUAUCAUCACAGAAAUUGCUCAGGGCAAUUUCCGUCCUGACGUCGUGGAGGUCAAGGAUGAGUCGACAGAGGACGCAGCGCCGCAGGGUGAGCUAGAGGACGGUGAGCUGGAACUGGGAAGGGUCCAUGCGAACUGGACUUGUCGACCACAGUGA